AUGGCCAUCUUCAAGUAUCACCAGUACCAGGUUGUGGGGAGAGGUCUUCCCACUGAAACCGAUGAACAUCCUAAGAUCUACCGGAUGAAAUUGUGGGCCACCAAUGAGGUGCGUGCCAAAUCCAAGUUCUGGUAUUUUUUGAGGAAGCUGAAAAAGGUCAAGAAAAGCAAUGGGCAAGUUCUUGCCAUCAAUGAGAUUUAUGAGAAAAACCCUACAAAGAUUAAGAACUAUGGAAUAUGGCUGCGAUACCAGAGUCGGACCGGAUAUCACAACAUGUACAAGGAAUACCGCGACACUACACUAAAUGGCGCUGUUGAAUCUAUGUACAACGAAAUGGCAUCACGUCAUAGAGUCAGGCAUCCAUGCAUUCAGAUCAUCAAGACUGCUACAAUCCCAGCCAACCUUUGCAAAAGGGAGAGCACUAAGCAGUUUCACAACUCCAAAAUCAAGUUCCCAUUGGUGUUCAAGAAGAUUAGGCCCCCGACCAGGAAGCUCAAGACAACAUACAAGGCAACAAAACCAAACAUGUUUAUGUAA